CUACAGCGCGAACGGAUUAUACCCAAGAAGCAGACGGAGAGGCCAGUCGUUGCUACAGAGUCUAUUACUGGCAGACACAUUCGUGGUACAGUGGAUGGUGCUUUCCGGAAUAUUUAUCAUGAAUUACGUAAUUCUACUUUUGCUGCCUGCACUCUGUGCAAGCCAGUCCCUAAAGAUUCGGCCAGCACAGGAGGUUUAUAAACUGGAUGUGACACAAGAGCAUUCAGCAGUUUCUUUCGAAUGUACAACAGAAAAUGCACUACCUGUUAAAGAUGCACAAUUGGAAUGGUAUGAUAUCAAUGGCCAGCGGAUUCCAAGUAACACUGAAGGGGAUGGAGAAAAGCACAUGUUCACAAGUGUUAAAAGGGGAAACUACCCUGAUCAUGGCAAUCCCAGCCCCGGACAUAAAUAACGAUAAUGGUCGCUACACAUGUAAAGGCGUUCUUCAGGGGAACAAUGUGGAAGCAUCUAUUACUCUGCAAUUGUAUAAGGGGAUUCAGCUGCUCUCUCCCACUACGCAGUACCCACUCCUUGGACACGAUGAAAAAAUCAACUGCACCACAACUGCCAGCCUUAGCACUGAGAUUAGCUGGAUGUUCCACAACUACCAAUCCCAGGAGGAGACUGUCCAAUGGAGAUACAAAAAUUAUCCAAUCAAAGUUAUUGGUUCUAAAGUGCCUGUGAUGACUGGACCUGUGACAUCACUGCCCCCUUCACCCAAAGCAGGUGACACGGUGGAACUCACAUGUAUGGCAACAGGCAGACCAACACCUACAUACAAGUUUUAUAAGGUGGAAGGCAGCAAUGAUAUUCCAAUCACCCCUGAGUCUGUGACCAAUGGGAAGCUAAUUUUGAAGGACAUAACUCAGGAAACAGAAGGGAAGUACAAAUGUGAAGCAUCUAAUAUCAAGGGCUCUACAUCACAGGAAUUCCCCAUUGAUGUGAUGAUCCCUCCAAAGAUCGAUCCAAUUGAGACACUCUCUGGAACAGAGGAAGCUAGGGGUCAGUUGAGUUGCUCUGCAGUUGGUGACCCUCAGCCUUCUGUAACUUGGAAAAGAGAGGAUCAGAAUUAUUACUAUGUUGAGCAGCCUUCAGGAGAUGACAGGAUUUAUGUGGCGAUAGAAAGAACCCAGGAAGGAGAAAAGAAUGAGAGAAAGAGAACCACUGCCACGCUAGUUUUCAAAACUCUUCAGCCAGAUGACAUGCACAACUACAUUUGUGAAGCCUCAAAUACUGUUGGUACAGAUCAAGCCACUACAUAUGUGGAAGUCAAAUACAAGCCCAACUUCAGCAGCCAACAGCAGUCAGUCUUUUAUGGAUGGGUUGGAAGCAACACCAAUCUCACCUGCAAAGCCAAUGGUAAUCCUGAGCCAAUUAUUAGGUGGUCAUUUGGAAAUUCACCAAUAGACGAAACAGGAAACUACAUUGUUCGGCAAGGAACAAGCCCUUUAACCACACAGGCUAUCAGCUAUUUGAUUCCCACCGUGCGACUUGAGAAUGUAGACAGCAUCUUUGGGGCGUAUGUUUGCACAGCAGAAAAUAGACAUGGACAGUCAGAGCAAGAACUACAGUUUGUAAAAGCAGUUCUUCCUGGAAAACCACAGCUGACCGUCGUGGACCGCAAGUCUACAUUGCUGGAAAUAGCAAUAACACCACCUGGAAACGAUGGUGGUCAGCCAGUGAAAGAAUACAUUGUGAAGUAUGGGCCGCCCACUGCCAGUGAUCCUGAUUUGAAGACAAUGAGAGUUGAUAUCAAUCCUGCAGAUCGAACCAAUACAAAAGUGCAGCUGAGAAAUCUGGAAGCCAAAACAGAAUACAGGAUCAAAGUUGCUGCCCAUACCAAUGUGGGGAUAGGUUUGGAUGCAGACAUUGUAGACUCCACCCUAGAAGUCAGUGUGCCUGGACGUGUUGACAUCACAUCUGACAAAAAUGGGUUAGAUGGAAGUCGGUAUACUUUAACCUGGGUUACAACUCUAACUGGUGGAGCAGAUAUUACAGACUAUGAAAUCAAAUAUGCCAAGGUUGAAGUCACGACUGAUAGUAACACAGGUACAUGGUCUGUUGUACGUACACCAAAUGAUUACAAAGUUGUGAGUGUUCCUGGUACCAGCACCUCCCAUGUCCUUGAGAACUUGGACAAGAACAGUUACUACCAUGUCGGCAUUGUUGCAGUCAACCGCAUUGGAAAGUCUGAAGAAUCCGUCUUUAUCUUCAAAACCAGCCUGGGAGGUGAAAGCAGUGCACAAGAGGUAGAAGUGGAGGAGGAUUAUGAGGAGGAAUCACCUGAAUCAGAUGAAUCAGAGGGACCAGUAAUCACAGGCCCCGAGUCAGACAUCGAGGAUGUUCAUGAGGCUAAGGGGGAAGGCAAAAUGCCAUUCAGAGGUGACACAGGUGGACCUGCCAUUGGCACUGGCGGUAUUGUUGGCAUCAUAGUGGUGCUGCUCCUAGUACUGGUGGUGAUUGUUGACGUGGCCUUCUGUGUCACCAAGCAAUGUGGUCUCUUCUGGACCAUCCGUCAAGCUGUGGGCAGCAAGGAGCCAGGUCCUGGCACCAGUAGUAAAUCCCCAGAGGAGGGAGAUGAAGCUGCUGCCAAACUGCUUGGGAAAGAGAAAGAAGACAGCCUGCGCAAUGAGAAUGAAGUAGCCAAGGAGGCAGAGCCUGCUGAAGAGGCUGGCCACGAUGCUGAAGAGAAGAAAGAACUAGAACCAGAGGACAAGGAGGAGAAACCAAUAGAACUGCCUGCUGAGAAUGCAGUGCCUAAGAAGGAGAAAACUCCAGUUGAGCCAGAGGCUCCCAAGCUGGAGCAAACUGGGGAGGCCCCUCCAGCUGUAGAGACAAAGCCUGAAUCCGGUGACAAAGGAGAAGCCACUGCUAAUGCUUAAAUCAAGUCUUUGACCAAGAGAGUUACAUGUCUUCUCUACUGAAAAUAAUGGAGGUGUUACUGCAACAUUUUGAUUGUUGCUUGCUGAAUCAUUGUAACGUGAAGAGGGAGCAGAGAAUUCUCAGUGCUGGCAGGGAAAUUGCUUUUUAUUUUCUUUUAAAUAUUGAAGUUGCAAGAUCAAUGGCAAUCAACACUUAUAUAUGGUCAUUACACUUCAUAUAUCACCUACUGUAGUCAUUAACAGUCACAAUAAUGCAUUGUUGGCAAAUUUGCUCUUUUGGGAAGUUUAUUUAUUUUAUUUAUUUAUUUUGUUUGUCUGUUAGAAUUCUGUAAAACCAAAUCUUUUUGUUCAUCACCAGUCAGACCUCUUUAGGGUCAGAGAACUGCAUAGAAGAAGAAGAAAGAAAUCCACAUUUCUUUCUGGUUUUGUGAUUAGUCUUUAAAUGUUGUAUUUACAAUCUUGAGAAUACUACAGCUAAAGGGUAAAUGUUAAUAGCCAAGAAGAAUAUUUAUCAUUUUGCACAUGAUCAGCCUGCAGCUUUUCACUCUAUGUCUAGUUUACAUGGAAAACAUUAUAAGGAUGCAUGUCUGGAGCUUUCUGUGCAGCGCUAGCAUUUGUGGGUGCACUGUAUCUGCCAUUCCAUUGGCACAUUUUACACUUGCCUUUAUUAGUCAUCCUUGCAGACCACAGCUGACCUGUGUCCCACUCAGUCUUCAGUUUUGAACAUUUGUAUCUUGCAUUUUAGCAUGUUGUUGCAUGCCUGGGUUUGGAGAUGCCUUUAGACUGUGAGUUCAUGUUUAUAGCUAGUGAAAAUAGCUUGUUCUGUAAAUAUUGCUUGGAGGCUUUGAGAAACGCAUCUGAGAGCAGCGUACAUCAUACACAUGAAGAAGGAUUGAAAGAAGAGCACUGGAGUGGCUUUAUCUUGUUUCUUGAUUUUGAUGUUUUUAAUCAAUGAAAUGCAAAUUACUAGAGGUUAUCAAAAAAAUUUUCAUUCAAGUAAAUCCAGUGAAUGUUAUGUUUUCAGUCAUAAUGUUCUCUUUACCUAAUGUAUGAGAUAUGGGUCCAAAGUAGGGACAAGUUUUAUUUUGAUGAAAGUUUUUAACAGUCACUAAUUAUAGAUAAUUGCCAGAUAACAAACAAGUAAUUAGUUCUCUCAAGGUUUGUGAAAAGAAGGGAAAACUUUUUUUAUGAACACAAUUUUAUCUUUUGUUUUAAAACAGUAUUAAGAAUAUUUGAUUUACUGCAGUAUUUGUGGACUGGAAAUGCUCAAAGACUGCAAUAAGGCAUACAUGACUUUAUCAUGUUACUGUCUUCGUGUUCUUUAGUUUUUUGUUUUUUUUGGUUUUUUUUUGUGCAGUCAACCUGAAGAUAUUAAAUGAAUUUUUUAACUUAAAUUUCGUAUGCACCAUUAGAACAGUACUUUCAUUAAUUACAUUAUUAUAUUUAUUCUUGCAUUGUUACAUUGUUUUGGAUGUUUUCAGAACAUACUCUUCUGGUACUUUUAGAUUUUUCCUCCAUCAAGGUGAUAUUAACAUGGAAAGCUUAGGAGACAAAUAUAGUGGCACUACACUGCAACAGAUUGCAAGUACUGUGAUGAAAAUUUACAUUCAGCAUCUGUCUACAGAAUUACAGUUUUUCUUUGUUGAUAGUUCAGUUAUGGAUAUGUUACAUAUGAUGACAGCUCAUCCAUAAACUGAUAGACUGGGUAAACAUUGUGUCAGCUACACGAUCUCUCCAACUGCUGUAGCAGUCAGGCUGUUGGGCUCUGUUAAUUAUUCAUCUUUUACCUUUUACUUGUAUUUAAUUCUUAAAUGAGUAAGAUGAUUCUUAUCUUGUCGGUGACAGUAGGUUGUGUAUGAAUGCAUCAACAGAUGAUAAUUCAUCAUAGGCAAGUAUUUUUAAGAGCAGAAAUUACAAUUGCAUUUUUCAAAAACUUAUUUUCUUCUUUUUCCAUUACAUGCUUACAGUCAUACAAGUACAUGGCAGAAUAGAGCAGAGCUUUAACUGGCAAGCAUAAUGCUGCCACAGUGACCAUUUUUAGUAGAAACAAAUCCAAAGGUGAUGAAGGCAUUGAUGGUGCUCUGGUUUCUAUUUUUAGCUUCUGUGUCUCUUGUGGUUGCCUGACUACUUAAAGCUGUUUUGCUUCAAACUUAUCAGUCACAAGAUGGUGGUUGGGAAAUGUGGUUGCUGGUGCAGAAUGACUUAAAGAUGCCUUAUUGUGUGCUGUUCAUGUCUUUUUAUGAGCUGUUUGGGCAAAUCACAACAGUAGAAAAUAUAUUUUAAGGCUUUUUACAGCCUAUGCUUUGUGUAUAUUUUGGCAUUUCCUGAAAUGUUAUAGAUCAGAAUGUCCAAACCAUUACUUCAUUUGUCAGAAAUUUUGCUGUUUUUAAUUUUUCAAGGGGAUUUAAAAAAUUUUGUGUAAUUUUAAAAAAUAUACAAUUUGUUCAUGUUUGAUAAGAUGAGGAGCUAGUAAAGAAAAGAUGAAUGAUAUUUAAUGUUACGUUUGCUGUAGAAAGAGCUCAAUGUUUAAGGGCAUUUUAGCUAUACAGUCAUGCUCCAAUAUGUAUACAUUAAUACACAGCCUAACAUCAGCACUGAUUGCUUGUGAAUAGCACUUUCUUAUUGACCCUCUUGCUUGCUUAGCCAGGAGUUAUAGUAUGCUAGGCAUCUCACAUGGUCUGGGAAGGGAGUUAGUUUACAUUUUGUGUCUGAGGAAGGGGGAUUUGCUUAUUUGACACAAUUAGCAAAUUAGUGUUUUCUUAUAUUGGUCUACUUAUUAUUACAAUUUUUUCAGUCCUCAACUCUUGCCAAUUUUGUGCAGCAGUUAGGUUUUUUGGGUGAUAUUUUUAUUGAAGUCAAGCUUUUAUGGCUUGCUUCUUACUUUCAAGGCAGAUUGUUAACUGCCUAUAUAUUGCAUUAUUCUAAAUCUUGUUGGUCAGAUGGUCACCAACACUUCUUUUUACAAUACACACUUUAAUUUUGUUUCUUAUUAUUAUAAAUAAUAUUGGAAAUCAGAAAAGGUUAUAUGUUGAUCCCUCCCUCUCAAUGUUUAUAUCAUGUAUGUUAAUGCAUAUAUGUGUCUAAAUAGUGUCUGGUGGUAAUUUGACGCUGUCAUGUUUAGCCUGUCUUUGGGUGCUUUGUUUUUCAUGGUGCACUGAUACUUUAUUGCUGAACAAAUUUAUCCACAGAAAGAUAUUCAGAGAAAUAUGUUUUUCCUUGGAAGCUUCCAAAACAUGCUUCCAAAAUCAUCUCACUUGUAUCAUGUCAGCAAGUUUAGUCUGUUGGAAUGUUCUUUUUUUUUUUUUUGUAAAGGAACAGUUAUGAUCAGUCACAUGUAACCAUCAGAUGGAGUCUAAAGCUUAGCUGAUUUUUUUAGGGUGGCUCCUAAAAACUUCACGAAUUAAUUCAUAGAUCUGGAUGUAAGAUCAUUUGUGCCUUGCUCCUUUAGAUGAUGGCGUAGAACACUGGUCUUCUCACCCUGUAGCUGAUAACUUAGGUGACAAAGAGUAGCUAGCAUCGUAUACCAUAAAAUUUAAAAGGAAAAAAAAUACACCCAAGGGUAAAGACAUUUUUAAGGUCUAACCUGAGAACUUAUUAGACAUUAGAGUAUUUAAGGGGUGAGAACAACUUAGGCAAAGUGUUAUUGAGCUGUUAUUUAUCAGUUUAACAGGGCAAACCCUGAGAGGUGUUGCUGUUUGUUUGAAGAGAUGCCUUUUCCACCAGCCUGUACGUUGUGUGCUCUUUUUGACACACAUAUUUUGUGUGUACUUUUUAUUGCUUGCUUGCUGUCUCACUUCUCAAGCUUCUUGUCAUUGUAUUGUAAAUAAGUGCUGUUUUAUUCUUGUCUAUAUCGGAAUUAUUUUAAGAUAACCUUGUUCUGAAUACACCAUAUUUCUUUCUGAAAUCAUAGAAUGUGUUCAGGGAGAAUAAAGCUGGUGUUAAACUCUCCAAGUAUAGAUAAAAAUCUGCGACUAGAAAGAAAUUGCAGUUUGAUCUCUUUUCCCACACCCUCCCACCCUGUUUCUAAUGGACUGCUGUCUAGUCAAAAUUACAAAUCAAAUUUCGAUCAUCAUAUGACCUAUUGCUUCUAAUACUCUCCUUUUGUGUGCCUGCCUUCCUUUUCAUCCCAUUUAAAAAAAAUAUGUUAUCUCUAUUUUCAGCUCCAUCAUAAUUCUCCUUAAUGAUAAAUGAGUAGAGAACACAUCUUUUACUAGUUCUUCAGAAAAGCAGAGCAUUCUGGAUUAAUCCUGCCUUUGUUGAGAAUGUUUUAGUGAUGAGAGUUUUGCAGCUAAUUUAUGAUUUGAUGUACAUAAUUACAGCAGAUGAGCAGCCAGAGAAGGAAAAGAAAAAAUAAUAACUUUUUUCUAGUUAUUGUCUCUUUUAAGCACCCCAGACCUAUAACUCUGUUGGCACAUAGAUGCAUGUCAUAUAUAUACACAUAGCUAUAUAUGUGUAAUAUAUACAAAUAGCUGCAUACGUCGAAGAUAGUUAAAUAGCUGAUCAACCGUCCAUCGUCAUUUUUUUCUGGCUUCUGGGUGAAAAUCCACACUCAGUACCCACAGUUCCAAACUGGUGAUUGGGAUGUUAUAACACUUAAAGCUAUUUUAAAUUGCUCUGAACUCUCUGAAAAUUGCUGCAAUAUCUUUUACACUUUGAAAAUUCCUUAUUAUUUACCUUUUGCUAUGUAGUAACACUUUUGUUUUGGUUGAGCAAGAAAUCCUGAAGGUAAAUGUUCAAACUGGCAUGGCUAAUAUGGAGGCCCCAGCUUGACAUAUGAUUCUGUUAAGACAAGCUGCACAGGUUUAAUGAUGCUUAGACAAGAAAAAAAUGCAUUAAAUAGGGCUGGAGAGAGAAUUGACCUAAAAAUGUUGAGUAAUUCUGUUUACGGACUUCAGGGUAAUGACAGGCCCAUGCCAUGCAAUAUUACACAUCAUACCUUUCAGCCAUGAAGGGCCUACAGCUGACUCAUAAUAAACCAUUUUUAAUAAACACCAGUUUUAAAGUAGUCCCAGAUUGUUUUUUAUUUUCUUGUGCAAGUUUUAAAUCCAAAUCAAUUCUUUUGGAGAGCUAUAAAAAUAAGCCUGUCCACAUUUUUGGAACUAUGGGAAAAUAUUACCAAUGUGCUGAAAACCCUUGACAUUUAAAACAGUUCCAAGGAUAUGAGUGUGAAUCAGAUUUAUGGAUGAAUAUCUUUUCAGUCUUACCUAAUGACAGGUGUAAACACUUCUUUGUAAACGGUAUUGAGGAGAGUUCGAGAUUAUAGAAUACUUUUAUUUUGAACUGCUUACAGCAUGUGUAGAUACCUGGAUGUGCUUGCACUGUAUAGGUAUGUACAGGUGAAUAGAAGUUUACAAAGUAUGUGUGACACAUGUUCACCAUAUUCUGACAAUAUGUAUAGUUUCUCAUGUUCCUUUAGCACAACUGUUUGUGUGUAUUCAUGUGAGUGAGAGAGAGAAAUGAGAGCAUAUGUAUUAAUUGUUAAAUUUUGUUUAACACAUGCUAUUUUGCAAGUCAUUCUAUUUACUGUCUUGCUAUUUGAAUUUUACAAUGUGUUUAUAAAUAAUUCUAAAUCAGGUUUUUUACAUUUUUGUAUAAUUUUAAAUUUACAGGAAAUGAAAGAAAAGGUAAUCAUAAAAAAUGAGGUAAAAGGAGUUUUAGUAUACUACACAAAAUUUUUUAUGACAUUUUUUAAAAUAAAACCUUGGACAUUAAUUUAGUUCAUAAUUAAUGUAUAGCGCAAAGUCUUAGUGUUAGAAGUGACAAAAAAGAAGUCUUAUUGUAUUGGAGGUAGCAGUCAAAACCAAAUCUACAUUGUGAGCAGUAAUUGGCCAUAGAAAGAGGACAGCAAUUUAUAACUUCUAGUCAUUGAAUUUGGAAGGCUUAUGAUUGUCUCCAAAACUAAAAAAAAAAGCUUACCUCCUGGCUCCAUUAUUUGGUGCUUCCCAACUUGUCGCACUGCAUCACUGCUCAUGAUUAGUAUUGUGUUGAACUUAUUUAUAUUGUGAAAACAAGGGGGAGAGUGCAUUAACUUUAUUUUGCUCUCAUUCCAAAAUAUGUAGCUUUGGAAGCCAUUCCAUAUUUUGAAAGUACAACUUUUUUGCUACUUUAUACGGGCAUUUUAAGCAUAUAUAUAUAUAUCAUAUGCUAGUCACAAUUUUUUAGUAUAGCUGAUAGAAAGUAUUCUGUGGUUUACCUUUUUUUUUUUUUAAUAUUUAUCAAAAGUACAGAUUAACAGUACAGUUGAUCAAAUUGAGUUUGAGCUUUUGCCUAUAGAACAAAGAUGUAAUGGACUCAUAAUUUUUAUUCAAACAGUUAUUUGCACUGUAAGACUUUACAUCAUGCAACAAAACUAAUAAAAUAUUUUUAAAAAUUCCAUCCCACCAUUCAAUGAUAGUUACAUCUGAAGCAUUGGAUAAAAUUUUGUAGCACAUUCCAUGUUGACUAUUCAGCAAUGCAUUAUCAAAGAGACUUCAACUAUAAAUUGUUGUCAUUUGUCAUUUUAGCUCAUUGCCAGUGGCAACAGCUCAGAUUAAAGGAACAUGGAAUAAGAGUAAAAGUAGGGCAUAUAUUUUUUCAUACCAUUACAUUCGUCCAUAAACCAAAGUAAAAGUAACAAUCUGCAGUUUAUUGGCUCAAAAGUUUGACAUUGCCAGCUUCAAAGGGGCGCCUCCAAAUGGGCAGACUAUUUUGUUGAGAAUGCGUUUACACAAGUAAUGAAAUUGGAGCAUGGCAUUUGUAUCAUUUUGUGUGACACUUUCUUUGCUGUAAAUACAUUGUCUUGGCCAGCUCAUUUAUAUAUUUUCCCUUUUUAUGUCUGCUGUCAAAGGCUGUAAGUUACAAACAGUCUUCUAAAGAUAUGAAACGUUUUCAUUAAAAUCCACACUUGCAUCAGCACUAAAGAAGUGUUUACCAACAAACUUUUUCUAUAGCACAGGAUUAAUUAACCUUCUUAAGCAUAUCCUUACUAAGAAUCUUAGUAUCUUUAUGUAAUUAAGAAAUGAGUAGUAAUCAUUUUCAUUUAACCAUUCAGUUUAAAGAGUAAGCUUAAAAUAUAUUGAGAAUAUGUAAAGUCAAAGUAAUGAUGCCGCUAUUGAGCACAAAAUUAACUUAACAUUUCAGCAUAUGCAAAAAAAAAAAAAAAAUCAUUCAAAUUGUUGAGCAAUACUGAUGACAUUUAGAGAGAAAGUUGCCUGCUAUAACCAGGCUUUGUUUGAGUUGAUAUGUGUGGUUGGUUGACAGCCUUGACAGCAGGUGACAAUUUUUUUAACUCUUAUUUUUGUUGUCCUAGAAAUUUAACUGUGAAAUAUAACCAUCUUUGUGUAGGCAUAGCCAUGUAGUGUGUAUUUUUCCUCAUGUUUUUAUGUACACAUCUGUGUUCACAGUCCUCAGACCAUUUGUAGAGAAGGAGCAGUGUUGCUGCAGCUUAUAUUUGCAAGUCAAUUUGUUUUAUUUUUCAAUUUUACCACACUUUUUGGUGUACAUGUUUGUGUGAAUAAAGGUGGAAACCUAA